ACUUGGGGAUAUUCCGACGGGCAGCAAUGGUGCUGUACACGGACUGUAUCCAGCAGUGCAGUCGACCAAUGUAUAUGGACAGGAUGGUGCUGCUCAUUGUUGGAAACCUGGUCAACUGGUCCUUUGCUAUCUUUGGGCUGGUGUAUCGGCCCAGAGACUUCGCCUCCUACAUAUUGGGGAUCUUUAUCUGUAACCUGUUGCUGUAUCUGGCUUUCUACAUCAUCAUGAAGCUCCGCAGCAAUGAGAAGCUUCUGCCCAUCCCUCUGUUCUGCAUUGUGGCCACUGCAGUGGUGUGGGCAUCUGCCCUCUACUUCUUCUUCCAGAACCUCAGCAGCUGGGAGGAAACUCCAGCAGAGUCCCGGGAAAAGAACCGGCCAUGCAUCCUGCUGGGUUUCUUUGAUGACCAUGAUGUCUGGCACUUCCUCUCUGCGGCUGCCUUGUUCUUCUCCUUUCUGGUGAGUCCUCUGCUGUAUGGCCUCACCUUCUCUUCCUUCUUGACCCUCUCUAGCUGCAUGGAGCUGUGGCUGCUCAAGGACCCCACAGAAAUGCCCCACCUCCUCUGCUUGGCUCUGCCUCCAGACAUCCUUUGCAGCUGGGUGCUCCUUGCCAGUGUUUCAGGGAUCAGGCUUUCUCCUUUGUCGCUCCCUGUGCAUCCUAGCCUUGAAUUCCCUCUGGGGCUGUGGGUCACACAGUUGUAG